UGACUAUUGGCCUUGACCUUUCAGAAUUCGCAACUGGUUGAAUUAUACUUUUGAGAUGAAAACUGUUUCCGACACAGCAACCCCCAAACUUGUCCUAUGAUAUCUCCCAAGUUCUUGUGAAAACAUUAUAUGUUAAUUUGUAACCUGUGUUGCAAGUAAUCAUCAUAAUAUUCCUGUGAGAAGCAAAUAUCAUGAGGUGCUACAACAAUUACUCCACGUCAUUUCUUCUCUCUAUUAUGCUUAUGCUCCUCCUUGCUUCUAGUGUUGCCACUCUUUCAAGCUUCUGUCAAACCGAAUCAUGUGGAAGUAUAAAGAUCCCAUACCCCUUUGGAGUCCAAGAAGGUUGCUAUGUCAACGAAUGGUACAAAAUCGAAUGCAGAAAUGGUACUUUUCCCUUCCUUUUCAAGAUGGGCCUGGAAGUUGUGAAGAUCUAUUUUCUGAAUGAGCGAGAGGGUUUUUAUUCUUCUAGUUCAUACGGGUCAAUUCGUAUCAAAAGCUCCAUAACCUCUAUUGGAUGUUCAAGAGAUGGAAAAAACUCAGGAUCGGUUUUGAAUUUGACGGAUAGUCCUUUUUUUAUUGACAAUGGAAACAGCCUCGUAGCGGUUGGUUGCAACGGCAAAGCAUCGUUGACUAACAUUGAACCAAUCAAAGUGGGAUGCGAGUUGAAUUGCACUGCAAGCAAAGAGAGAUUGCCUAGCAAAAGCAUCCCUUUCUUUGACGAUGACUGGUGUUCUAGCAAUCCGUUUUGUACAAAGAACAAAGGGGAAGAAGAAAGAAGAUGCGAUGGUAAUGGUUGCUGCGAGGAAACUGUAGAAGGUUUUCAGGAUCAACGGGUGAUCGGUGUCAGUGUAGAGAGCGUUGAUCAAGGAAACUCGACACUCGGAAACUGCAGAGUCGCUUUCUUAACAGAUGAAGUCUACACGUUAUCAAAUGCAACCAAGCCAGAAAAGUUUUUCUCUAGGGGGUAUGGUUGUUGA